AUGGGCGGCGGCUAUUCAGCUCUAGGGAUUGGUGCGAUAUCUGGGGGGAUAUUGCUGGCAACCGGCUUGGGCCUAUCAUCGUCUUCUAUCCACGCCGAUAGCGAUAGUAACGAUUCUGCAGACAAGAAGACACCACUGCGUGAAUUGGUCCGGUCCUACAUAGUCUUCACGAUGUGCUCGUUCCCGACCUUGAUCGAUCUAUCCCCCACAAUGCUUGACGUACUCACCAGCAUUCCGGGUGUCAAGCAAGUAACAGAGGCUUUGGUUAGGGUUACUUUCUUCAAUCAGUUUGUCGGAGGGGAUACCGCUUUACAGACGCUUCCGCUACUGAAGAAUCUUCGCUCCGCUAACAAGGGAACAUUAUUUGCUUAUUCUGUAGAGGUUGACGAGCACGAGGCGACGGCAACGGCGUCACUGAAGAAGGUGUCGGAGCCUGUGCAUAAACGGAUAGUAAAUGAAAUGGUCAUUGCAUUGAUGUCGCCGCCGAUUUCGAGGAUGGCUAUCGUUGCGGGCGCAGCGGCAGGCCGGAGGACGUGGGUGGCAGUGAAACUGAGCGCGCUACUUCCAGACGCCAAUUCUCUGCUCCACUUAUUCGAAAGGCUCUCGCGUCACGGCCCAAAUCUCCCGUUCCGUUCCCUGGCUGUCCCUCACGCUAGUGAUCUCGACAUUCUCUACGCUCCGAUUGGUUCCAUCAAGAGCGAUCUAACUGAAGAUGACAUCAAAUCCCUCCGAGAGUUGCAUGCUGACCUUAUCGAAUCUGCAAACAUUAUCAUCGAUGCAGAAUAUAGGCAAGUUCUGCCGCCGCCAUCCGCUCUCAUGCGCGAGUUCAACAAACUGGGAGAAUCGAGCAGCGUACAGCCACUAAUAUACGGAACUUUCCAGGCAUAUCUCAAAAGGACCCCAUCCUUCCUCGAACAGUCCUUCAAAGAUGCCAAGGCCGGAAACUAUUCCCUCGGCGUCAAGUUAGUCCGGGGAGCCUAUCACCCUCACGAGACCACCGCCCACCAAGCCUUCCAAGCCGGCAAGACGUCCCUCUCGCUAUCAUCCGAUCCUCUCCCGCCUGUAUGGGCGGAGAAGUGGGAAACGGAUAAAUGCUACAACGAAUGCGCAAAGAUGCUUAUCGGGGAGCUGAAGCAGGAUCUAGGAGGGAAGGCUCAGACGAUGGGGAUCUUAUUCGGGACACAUAAUUGGACGAGCUGUGAUUUGAUUUUAACGGAGUUGGUGGGGAGGGGACUGGCGAAGCGUGUAGAGGGAGAUGUUGUGAGUUUAGGUGAUGAGGUUACGGAGAGACUAACGAUUGGGCAACUUUUUGGUAUGGGUGAUGCUUUGACUGAUUACUUGGUAGAGAGGACGCGAUCGAGUACUCCCAUGAUCAUCAAAUAUGUUCCGUAUGGUGCUAUGUCAGAGGUGAUGCCUUACCUGUCACGGAGAGCAAUUGAGAACAAGUCGGUUCUCGGAGACGGACAAGCAUCUGAAGAGAGACGGAGAGCGGGGUCACAAAUUUGGAAGCGUAUAUUUGGGUAGGUUUAUCAGUACAAGAUUUGGGUGGAUUGAAGUGGCCAGUGCUAGUGUGGUAUAAAACCUGUUUCCUCUAUACCUUCAUAGACAAAUGAAUAACCAAUGACAGAAGAGCAAUAAUAAUUGCAAUGAGUACUAGAAUGAGCC